GUUUGUGGAUAUGGUUGACAGGCGCAGGCGUGGUAGGGCCGCAGGUGGAUCCCCAGGAAGCAGUGGACCAGUUGUUUGGUGCUGGAAGAGCACGUGUGGUGGAUGCUGUUACAUCCACCAGAGUGACAGAGCGGGAAGUCAUCCUUGUAAAUGGUGUCCCAGUGCAGCUUGUUGGAGAAGAUGGCGAUGCCCUUAAGGCGGCACUUCUGGCUGGCCGUCUCCCUGAUCAGGCUUUGGUUAACCGUGUGUUAGCCUCUGUUUUGGGUGCCGAGCUUAGAGGGGUAACCAAAGUAGAGAGUAACCUCACCAUGACAUCGAGAGUCACUACCAAAGACACUUUAACUGUUCAUCAAAAUGGUCGAGUUGUAGACGAACGCUCCUCUGAGAGCCACCUGGACACGCGACUGCAGGGCCAGUGUGCCGAUACCCUUCACCCCAUUGCAGCCUCAUCAAUGUUCUGCUCUCCAUCAAGCACAAAUUUUGCAUAUUCAUCCACGCCGUCUUCCGUCAGCUCCUCACCUUCGCCUCAUGCACCUUCAAGAAAUAACAGUAAAUCUCCUUCUCCACUUAGUGGCAUUGCAACACCUGUUAGUAACUCGCCGUUAGCUGCUAGGGCUAACCGGAGCUCCCCCAGCAGAGGAAAAAAUAAGCGCUCUUCAAGUAUAGGUACUGACCUUGUGGAAGCACUGUCAAGGACAGAUCUUUCUGGCCAAUCCAGUCCAAAGAAUGGAGAAUACGUCAGACUUCAUCAAGUUCAUAAGG